AUGGAGAGCAGAGCCGCGGCCCGCCCUUCGCAGGUCGCCGCGAUGGGCGCGGCGCGAGAUGAAGUUGCCCUCCUCUGGGAAGCUGUUCAGGCCGAAGGCGCGCAGAACGCUCAGGUCCAAGCCGUCCUCGGGGAGCUCGCGGCGGCGCUCACGGAGGCGAACGGCGAACUGCGCGCUGCAGUGGAGAAGCAUCGACAGAAAAAAUAUCUCCACAGACCGCGGCUCUCUCCUCCGCCCUCGCUGCGCUCGUCGUCGCCGACACUGUCUCCCGCGUGUGCUUCUUCGGCGUCGCGUUCGUUUCGUGCGCCUCCCGGCUCUCCCCCGCCGCUUUCUGUCUCUUCUCCCUCGGCGUCGUCGCUGUCGUGUGCCUCCAGUCGCUCCUCCGAGGCGCCGCAGCACGUGAGCCACGACGAAGAAGAUCCCGCGGUGCGUCUCCCGCGCGGCUUCUACUGGCGCCUGUUGAAACAGACGCGCAGAGAAGCGCGAGAGAAGGAGAGACUGAGGAAUCUCUUCGCGACAGCCGUCGCCGCGCCGCCUGCGUCAUCAUCAUCGUCAUCUUCCGGCGCGCAGGCCGCCGCGCGCGAGGCUCGGAGCGGAAGCGCCGCAACGAGCGACGAGUCGAAGAAGAGAGAGUCCGCGGUGCCGCGUGCCGAGAAGAAGUGCACGAGAGGAGGCAGACUGCACAUCUACAGAGGCGAUUUUUUGGAGAUCUAUUGGCGUUCGCCGCGGCGCAGGAUGGAGGAGGAAGGCGCAGUGACUGCAGCGGGCGCCGCGCCGCGCGACGCCUCUGCGGAAGCGAGACACAAAGAGGACGUUGAAGAAGGGGGAGAAGGCAGAGGCUGGCGCGCCCGGGGGAGUGACUUCGGGGGCGAGUCGAGAGACGGCGGUGAAGCAAAAAAGGGAGUGCACCGCCGAGGGAGCGAGCGGGAACGCGGAAGAAGCCAAGGGAGGCGGCGUGGAUAUGCGCAGGCGCGCGCUUGCGACUCAGAGAGAGAGAGUCGCAGGUCGUCUGCCACGUCGUCGACUUCCUCCCCCUCUUCGCCUCGGCGCCGCGCAAGCCCCUCACUCCGCCUCGGCGCGCAGAGCGCUAGCCGGCAUCUGCAGCUUGCGCGGAGGAAAACGAGCCAGGCCGACAGGGCAGAGGAAACAGAAACCCGCAGAGAGAGAGUCGAGGGAGAGCGGAGGAGGAAAGAAGGGCGGAAAGAAGGAGGAAAUAAAAAAAUAGAGAAUGGGGUCUGCAGCAAAGCGCGGCAUCGACGUGGAGAGAGAGACACGCAUGGAGGCCGGGAGAGGUCGAGGAGGGACGAAGACCGACGCACAGAAGCGGAAAGACAGCAAGACGCAAAAGAUGAGGACGAUCCGCUGGAGAGUCUGGGCUUCAGCCUUCAAAGCAAGAUUAGGGAAGUCGCGCAGCAGCUGCAUUUCGUCGGCGAGCUGCAGCAAAAAAACAAAAAGACUCACCAGGGCCUCACAGACGCCUUCGCAGCGUUCCGAACAGAAGCGGUGCGCCAGAGAAUGGAGCACGAUUCCAAAAAACUUGUGCAGACUCUCUCGCCUCUCUCUGCAUCCUCCGAUGCGUCCUCGAGGUUUGCCUCUCCUGAGGCGACGCGGAAAGAUGCAGGACGCCGCUCAAAUGCCCGCGCGGCUUCUACGUCGCCUUCCUCGGCGCCCUCCCGCUCGCUGUCGCCUAUGGGUCGCUCGCGCGAGUCUGUCUCUCCGCGCAGGCGAGACCUGUCGAAGCGGGCGGCGGCGGCGCAGCGCAACGCGGCGGAAACCGCGACGCAGAAAGAAGAUACGGCGCGUAGAGUCUCUUCAGGGGAGCGGCAUGCGAGCCGCGAGGCACGGUCUCCCGCGGCGACGCGCAACGCGCGCCCGUCCGCUCGCGCGGCGAGGGCUGAUGUCUCUUCUCGCAGAGGAAGCGAAACCAGGAAAGAAAGAACGAAAGAAAAAACAAGUCCGAUUGAGUCGCGCGCCAGUGGGGAGGGCUCGUGGCUGCCGGCGGAUGCGCCGCUCGCGUCGCUGGAGCAGUUCGACGGCAUGCGCCUUCCCUUUGCCGGGGCGCCGACGCCGCCUCGCUUGCCGUUUCCUCUCCUUCCUCUGAACCCUUACAGCUGCACACGAGCUUCGGCGUUCUACACGCCGCCCGCGCGUCGUCCGCCGCCGCGUCUCCUUCCGUUUCCUUCCUCGCUUUCCUUUUCGAUGGCAGGCGGCGGGGGAGGCUCUCCGUGGCUGCAGCUUCUUCCUCACCAUCUUCAACCUUCGCAGGCCGCGCCGGAGGUGGCUCGCCCUUGCGCGACUCGCGUCCUCUUCUACCCCGCGGCGCCCUCGCGCGGCGGCGGCCUGCGCGACGCGAAAGGGCAGCGAUCGGCGAGCUCCAGCCCCAGAGGCCAGUCUUCUCCGUUCUGUAGAAAGGCGGCGCCCUUCACACGUUUAGACAGGGAGAUUAUUCCCGAAGAGCCGGAUCGCGGCGGCGAGCUGGCGGCGCUGAGGCUCUUGAGCGGCCUCUCUCUGCCUCCUUCUGCCGAGCGCCGCGAAGACACCGACAGCCGCGGCGAAGGUGACGCGAGCUUCGCACACGAGCUCCCGCGGAACCCGCAAAAACGGCAAUUCAUUCAAGCCGAGAGGCACGCGCGCGCGAGGACUGCAGCAACGCCGCGAGAGGAGACGGGCGAAUCGCUUUUCGCGGGAGAGGCGAAAGCGUCUGCCUCAGAGUCCGAAACAAGCCUUGAAGAUGAAGGAACCUCUCGAGAAGAACGAAACGCGGGGGCUGAUGCGCGCGAGGAACCGAAGACAGGCAUGAGGCCUUCUCCUGAGAGAGAUGAGACGGAGGCGGAAGAAGCGCGCAGGCCGCGAGGCCGCGCGAGGCUCCAGCGCCCCGAGCGCGGAGACGCGGAAGCGGGGGGCGGCAGCGAACCAGAGCUGUUCAUGGCGGCGGUACAGAGUUUGUUUAGUCUUCUUAGAGGCAGAGGGAAAGACAAAACACGCACUUCCUCACUCCAUCAGGAGCGAGGCGCGGCGAGGUUCACCUCUCAUGCGAAGCAGAGAGGGCCCAAGGGCGAGCAGGUCGCCGCGCAGAGAAGCCGCGACGCGGAGACGGGCACUCUGGAGCAUUUCGACGCUUCCUCAUCGCCUCAGCAGCGAGGUCACACGCUGACGGCGAGAGAUUCUUCAGUCCCAGAAGUAACUUCUCUUUCUCAAGCGUCUCCUCUCCCUGCCCCCGCGUCGCAUGUUUCGUCGAAACGUUGGGACGCGACUUUCGCUCCUUCUGCGGCUGUCUCUGCACCUCUGCCGCGCGCUUCUUUUCCUCUUCAGAGCGAGACGGCGGCAUCGCUCUCGUCGCUUUUCACGCCCUUCGUGUCUGCGGAUUUCUCGGCUCUGUGUGCGCGAGCGCCUGCGAGUCUGCGAGUGUACUCCGCUGCGCCGCGGCCGCCUUCAAGUCCGCUACAUCGUCCCUUCGCCGACGUCGAGGGCCUGCGCCUGCGCCUGCGGGAGCUUCAGAGCCGCGCGCGGCAAAGGCAGCUCGAGGACCUUCUCCGCAGCCAGGAGGCGAAGCGGGAAUGGAGGGCGCGGCGUGAAGCUGAGAAAAUCGCGCGAGCGCAACGAGAGAACGACGUAGAAAGACGCCGACAAGUCGUCGCAGACGCAAGCGAAGAGACCUGCGAUAAGCCAGAAGGCCCAGGCGAAGCAAUCGGCGGCCGGGACGCGGACGCGGAAAGAAAUCACGCGCAAGUCAGCCUUGAGGCAGCAGCGGAGACGAGCGGAGGAAAAGGAGACAGGCUGAGUGACGACUCACAAUACGGAGUCAAGAAGGAGUCCGCUGGGGAUGAACUGCGAGAGGCAAGGCGCGCAGGGGGGGAUGCAGAGCGAGAGGCCGCGGAGGGAGAAGAAGGACAAAGCGGCGAAAAAACAAAGCAAGAUCAGAGGAGCCACACGUCUUCAUGUGGAGGAAUUUCACCGCGGGCGCCUCCAUACGUAGACAGCGACACUUCCGCUUCUUCUUCGGGGUUUAUACACCCCACUCUCGCGCGAAACCCGCUGGAGAGACAGUUUUUGUCUUUUUCUUCUCUCUCUUCGCGUACUUAUUCGUCGGCUGCGUCUCCCUCGGCGUCUUGCUUUCGCCCUCCGGGCUCGUCUCCCCCCGCGUCGCCUUCGCUUUCCCUUGCGGCCGCCGCAGCGGCGUUCCUGAGGUCAAGCAGAGGCGGCGGCGAAGGCGGCACCGCGAAGAGGUCCCCCUGGACCUCUUCGUGGUGUGAGCAGCAAGCGAGAGCUGCGAAAGCCCCUGGGGCGGAGGAAAUCCAAGGAGACUCGGAUAGCCAGAGGAGGCGAGCGCAGGCGCGACCGCGGGACGCGAAAGAAGCGGCGCCUGAGAGCCGAAAAAGAGACAGGAAAGCGGAGGGGAGGCGUGGAGAUGAGGCGCGCGAAGAAGAGGCGAGACGCACGCAACGCGCUUCAAAGAGAAAGGACAACACAGGAUGCGGGCGGCACGCGAGAGACGACAAGCUGAUACGCCUGCUUGUCGCCGAGGAGGAAGAUGCCACAGGGAAAGACAGAGGCGCGCGAGCAGAGAACAACUGGGAGAGGCUUUUCAAUCUCUCGUGGCUCGCCGAAGAGCCUUCGCAAGGAGAAAGGGGGUGGACAGGAGAGAUGUAG